AUGGCCGCCACCGUGACCGUCCUGCUACUGCCGCUGGCCCUUCUGCUCUACGCCACCGCGGGCCCCCCAGAACAGAAGUCGUUCCGGAUGUCGCCGCACAAAGUGGAGGCGAGCCUGGGGCGGACGGUGGAGCUCCGGUGCGAGGUGCUGCUGUCCAACACGGCGUCGGGCAGCUCGUGGCUCUUCCAGAAGCGGGCGCCAGCCGCCCGCCCCACCUUCCUCCUCUACAUCAGCCCAUCCUCGAAGUCCAGGCUGGCCGAAGGGCUGGACGGCUCGAAGUUCGUGGGCAGCAAGCCCUCGAAGGACAUCUUCAAGCUCACGCUGCACUCCUUCCGGGAGGAGGACCAAGGCUACUACUUUUGCUUAGUGACCAGCAAUUCCCAGCUGUACUUCAGCCCCUUCGUGCCCGUCUUCCUCCCAGAGAAGCCCACCCCUACGCCACCACCGCCGCCGCCACCUGCGCCAGUCCCCACCAACGCGUCGCAGCCCGUGUCCCCGCACCCAGAUGCUUGCCGACCGCCGGCGGACAGCGCAGUGAACAAGACUGGGCUGGACUUGACCUGUGACCUCUACAUCUGGGCGCCGCUGGCUGGGGCCUGUGCGGUCCUUCUCCUGUCAUUGAUCGUCACCGUCAUCUGCAGCUGCAAGAACCGAAGACGUGUGUGCAAGUGUCCGAGGCCGGUCGUCAGACAGGGAGGCAAGCUCAACCUUUCCGAGAGGUACGUCUAACAUGGACACAGACCGAGCCCGGGGUGGCGGCUGCUGCAAGACUUGACUUCAAAGGCGGAGCUCUCCUCACAGGAUAAGCCG